CUCAUUUUCUCGAAAUGGGUAAUAUUCUCAACCAGCCUGUAGUAGAUAAGGAUGUUACUUCGUUUACCUUCAAAGGAAACAAGGGAGUAGUAGUCUCAAUGCAAGGGUGGAGAAUCUCUAUGGAAGACCAGCACAUCUGCGAGCCUGAGCUUGAAUGGUUACCUGAUUGCGGGUUUUUUGGAGUCUUUGAUGGACAUGGUGGCGCAGCAACCUCUUCGUAUAUAAGAGAGAACUUAGUGGAUUCAAUGAAGCAAAAGAUGAAGGGGCAAUCUCUUUCAGGUACUCCUACAGAAGCUUUCAAUGAAUCAUUCCGUGACGCGAUCAUUGCAUUUGACAAUGAAAUCCACGAAGCGAAUAUUGCAAUGAGCGGGAGCACGGCAAUUUGCGGCUUUGUGUCUCCUUCUCAUUUUGUUAUUGCAAACCUCGGCGAUUCCCGCUGCGUUUUGUCCCGCGACGGCCAUGCCAGCCCUCUCUCGGUGGAUCACAAGCCCGCGCUCGAAUCCGAGAAAAAACGAAUCUACGACGCGGGUGGGUACGUUCUGAACAACCGCGUGAAUGGCGAUCUCGCGGUGUCGCGUUCGUUCGGCGAUUUCAUCUACAAGCAGAACAAAUCGCUGUCUCCGAUCGCGCAGCCGGUGUCCUGCGAGCCGGACAUCCGCGUGAUCGCGCGCGACCCCUCGGACAACUAUCUGAUCUUCGCGUGCGACGGGAUUUGGGACGUUUUCCGCCCCGACGAGCUGAUUCCGGUGAUGAACGAGCUGCUGGAGAGCUAUGAGACGCCGGAGGAGGCGUGCUGCCGACUGCUGGAUGUGUGUUUGGAGCGAGACAGCAAGGAUAACAUGACGUUCAUGCUGAUUUUGCUGGAUAAUGCGCCGAAGCCGAAGGAGGAGAAGAUUCGGAUGCGGAAGCAGCGGGAGGAGGAAGAGAGGGCGGCUGCGAUGAAAGAGGAGGAGGAAGAGGAAGAGGAAAACCCGAAGGAAGAGUCGUAGUCAUUUAGGGUAUU